CAUAAGUUUUUUAGUUUUAUUUUAUUGGACAUGUCGGACAGCGAUACGGAUCCCGAGGAGGAGCUCUUCCACCUGGCCACCGAGCAUGUGGCCCGGCAGACGACCAACAUCGGCUCCGCGGAUCUACUGCUCUUCUACGGCUACUACAAGCAGGCCGCCGAAGGUCCCUGCGAGGAGCCCAGUCCCGGGCUGCUCCAGCUGAGGGCCAGGAGCAAGUGGCAGGCCUGGCGGAAUCUCGGCAAGAUGUCCCCCUCCGCCGCCAGGCAGGCCUACGUCCAGAAGCUCGACGAGCUGCAGCCCAACUGGCGCUCGCGACGAAAUCCCGGCUGGGUGGUGCACUCCAUUGAGUCCGCCCCGCUGGAGGAUCAGCGUUCCGACAGUGAGAAGACCCUCUUCGAUCACGUCAAGGAGAACAAUUUGGACAGGCUGAGGGAACUGCUGGCGCCCGGGGAUCUGGUGAAGCUGGACGAGCACGGCAUGGCCCUCAUCCAUUGGGCCACCGAUCGCAAUGCUGUCGAGAUCAUUCAGUUUCUGGUGCGCAGCGGAGCCAGUGUGGAUCAGCGGGAUGCGGACCAGCAGACGCCGCUGCACUAUGCCGCCAGUUGUGGCCACUUGGAGGCUCUGCGAUGCCUGCUGGAGCUGCGCGCCAAUCUGGAGCUCUGCGAUUCGGAUGGACAGACCUGCUACGACGUGGCCGACGACGAACAGAUCUGCCAGGUGCUCCAGACGGAGAGAGAGCGCCUCAGCGGAUCCGCUUCCUGAUGCUGAACGCCAUUAAAUCUUAAGUUGUUAGGUGCUCCUUUGCUUAGAAACCCUGUAAAGUGUUGUGAGCCAUUGAAAUUCACCGAUAAAUCCUUUGUAAACUUGGUUUCUGUUCUCACUAGGGGUUUCAUAUCCUUAUAAAUGCUACGCUUUUUAACAUAUUAAGUUGUUAGAUCUUCCUUGGAAACGCAAUAAACAUACAGCACAAUAUGUAAGCUAUUAAAAA